UGGCUGUCUGUGUUUGUGGUAACCUCGCAACAGCCAGCGGACGAGGCUCGUACAGAUUUCUCACUGGCACACAUCUAGCUGGGGGUUCGCGCCCCAAAUCGAGGAAAAUGUCAUCUCAAUCAGCAAAGUGCAGCAUCGAUGAUUGGAUUGAGGAGAAUGUGGGCAGUGGCAAGGUUUCGAGUCGCAGCAUGGUGUCGUCCUCCUCUUGGUCCAGCGCAUAUGUGUACACAACUGAUGGCGGCAAGAAGCUGUUCGUCAAGCAGAGCUCGAAUGGGGGCGAAGGCAUGUUCAAGGGGGAAGCGUUGGGGCUGCAGGCCAUGUAUGGGAGUGGGCUAAGGGGCGGCGAGGCUACCUUCAUCAUCAUGGAGCACCUCAAUUUCAGCGGACGGCCCAGCCAGGCCGACCUUGGGAGAAAGCUCGCGCACAUGCAUUUGGCAGAGCCAUCCGACGAGAAUGCGCGGGACGGGAAGUUUGGCUUUGCUGUGGACAAUACAAUAGGGGGCACACCCCAGCCAAACGGGUGGCUGGGGGACUGGGUUAAUUUCUUCCGGGAGCGGCGGCUUCGGCACCAACUGAGCCUGGCCAAUGACAAGCGGCUGUCGGAGAUGGGCGAGCAGCUGAUGGCCAACCUGGAGCAGCUGUUCGAGGGUGUGGAGGUGAAGCCGAGCCUGCUGCACGGCGACCUAUGGUCUGGGAACAUCUCUGCAGUGGAGGGCGGGGAGUGGAGCAUCCUCGAUCCUGCCACAUACUAUGGGCAUCAUGAGGCUGAGUUUGGCAUGCAGUGGUGCGCCGGCUUCACUGGGGACUUCUGGCAGGCCUAUCAUGAGGUCAUCCCAAGGUCUCCAGGCUUUGAGGAUCGCAAGCAGCUCUACAUGCUGUAUCACUACCUGAACCACUACAACCUCUUUGGGGGCGGCUAUCGGAGCUCGGCUGAGAGCAUAUUGCGGCAGCUGACCCGGAAGUAUGCUUGACAAAAAGCAAAAGGGGUGCAAGGGGUGCUUUGUCACAUGAGGAGUGCCCGGUGAACUGUGCUAUCAUCAACAUGAUAUUAUAAUAGUAUUGUCAUGCUUCUACAUCUCGCCUACAAUUGAUAGCUGUUGCAGCUGUUGAAUUUAAUCUCUGGCUGCAAACUUCCAGAUCCAAACUGCAGGACCCAAUCACCACUGCUGCUCUGCUUGCAGCCAGACUUCCUCCCUAGAUCCUGCAGCAUUGUGCUGCAUGCAUGGAUUCCGGUAUUCCGGCCCGGAGCUGCCAUAGCCCAUACUGACUGAUGUUCUGGAAGAAUGUGAACAGUCACACACUGGCAGUGGCACAAAAGUGGAACUUUUAAUGUAAAAGUCCAACGUUGCC